AUGGCAUCGAACGGAGCUCCACAAAUUGAAAACCUCUAUCAUGUCAUCUACACGACAUCUCAUCUGUCGAGCCUCGAGGACGUCAACGAUCAAGUUGAGAAAGUUCGCAUAGGCGGUACCUAUACCAAUUUAGGUGCAGCAAAAGGUGCGGCCCACAGGACCCUAUUCGACGCUGGGUACCAGAAGGAGUGGUUUGUCGAGUACGACACCCAACAAGACCAGUUUGUCGCACAUGGCAUCAAACGAAGAGCGGGUCUUGCGGUGUAUGCCAAAGCCAAAGAUGGCACCGUGUUCCGCGUUGGCAUCGCCACGACACCGAAUGUGCAUGCCUUCCGGGACGAUGAAGACCAUAAGAUUCACAAGCCGCUAUACCAUGUCGUGCAAACGAGUGUCUUGUACAGCGAAGAUGACACCGGCGAAUCAAGGGAAACAAAUGUUGAAGGCUCCUUCCUGAAAUAUGAAGACGCCAGAGAGUUCGCAAGUAAAGUCUUGCUGAACGAGGAGAAUGGUUUGACAAAAGAUUCAUUCGCCAAGUAUGAGGAGGCAGGCCCGAACGAGACGGACUGCGGUUAUGGAGAAAAUGUUCUUGUCCACGCGGUCGGGCAAAACGGAGAGAACAUUCUGGUUAUGGUGUUGAGAGGACAAGAGCUGGAAUCAGUGAGACUGGCGGAAGCAUCAUUGAGGAUUCGGUCAUUCAACUAG